AAUCAAACCAAUCUGGGCCGCACAGAAUAAUGCCUAGGCCAAAAGCUCGGGAGGUGGGGAGGCUAGUGGAGUUCAUGUAGCUUUGAAUAGAUGGCCGGAGCCAAGGAAGAUGGAAAUUACUCGAGGAAAAAAAAAAUGUCGGCGUUUUAGGGAGAGGAGGAGGAGGGGGGUGGGAAAGAAAGAUUCUGAAAAAGCAAGGGCGACAGCUAGAAGCAAGGCCCCAGCCAGUGUACCCUCUUCCAGUUGAAUCGCGAGUGGCACAGGGGAGGGAUAGGCAGCUGUCCCUUACUUGAUUGAUUGAUGUGGGCAAGAUUUUUCGAACUAAAAUUAGAAACUAAUAUUUAUAAAUACGUUUACGAAUAGCAAUACUAGUUUAAUACAAUGUCAAUGCAUAUGGGAUGAAAUACGCACUUUAUAUGCACUUUAAUCCAGCAGCAUUUUGUCAUGUUACUGUAUUUUCGCGCAGCUACCUGUGUAAGCGGCAGCUGAUCCGUCUCAGACACCGCUGUAAAUAUGGCGCUUCUGCUUAACUUCACCAUUGCAAACUAACGUUUCAAAACAAGGACACUUCACUUGGUGUUGCGGCCAUGAAAAGAGUUCAUGCAUAUUACAUUUAGCACACAUUUGAGGCUGUUAUCGCCUAAUUUAGUGGGCAAAAGGAACCAUUUGCAAUUUAUUAGCUAGUAAGCUAACUAGCUGGAUAGUUGCUUUCGUAAAUAAACCAGCUAACGUUGGCUAUUUUGUUUAGCGACCUUGUCUUGAACAAGUAAACAUUCGCAAUAAAUUUAGUUUAAAGUUCUCUGAAACUGAAUUUUUACUUCACUGAAUUGUCUCACUCCGACAGCUUUUCCUUCAUAUGAUUGAAAGCUAAUCCAAUAAUUGCUUGCUAUUGCUAAACCAUCAAGAAGCUCUACGAGUUGUCUUUGUUGCUGCGAGAAAUGGCAGCAGUCGGGUUUUAACAUGGUGGGUGUGUGCCAUCAGUUAGGACCGUGGACAUUAACCUGGUUUCACGAUAAGACAUGUGUGAUUCGCACCAAUGUCGUAUCCUUGCACACGAACGUCCGCCAACAUGAUGGCUGCCCAGUCGGAAUCCAUAGACAAGUACCUGGAGGGAGAGCAGCAGAUGCUGGGGGCGGAGCAGGCGGACGGUGACGAGGGUUUGGAUGCAGCCUCCAGUCCAACCCCCACUGAGCCCCAGACCCCCAUGGAUGUAGAUAAGGCUUCCAUAUACCGGCAUCCCUUGUUCCCUCUCCUGGCCCUGCUCUUUGAGAAAUGUGAGCAGUCUACACAGGGCUCAGACUGUGUCACGUCAGCCAGCUUUGACGUGGACAUUGAGAACUUUGUCCGCAGCCAGGAGAAAGAGGGCAAAGCCUUCUUCAGUGAGGACCCUGAUCUCGACAAUCUGAUGGUGAAGGCCAUCCAGGUGCUGCGGAUCCACCUGCUGGAGCUGGAGAAGGUCAGCGACCUGUGUAAGGACUUCUGCAGCCGCUACAUCUCCUGCCUCAAGACCAAGAUGAACAGCGAGACGCUGCUGAGUGGAGAACCUGGCAGCCCCUACUCAUCUGGACAGGGUUUCUCCCCCACCAAGAUACAGACGUCCAGCUCUUUCACAGGUACCCUCAGUCCCCAGGGGAUUGUGGUGCCAGCAUCGGCCCUGCAUCAAGGCAACGUCACAACAGUCAACCCCACACAGGUUAUAGCAGGUAUGUCACCCUGGCAUACAACAACCACAGGUGGCACAGUCUACCAACCAGUCACAGUAGUCAACUCACAGGGCCAGGUGGUGUCACAGACCCUCUCGCCCCAGACCAUACGCAUCCAGAACACACAGCUCCAGCUGCAGCUCAACCAGGACCUGAGUUUCUUCAACCACGACGACAGCUCACCCAAGAACAAGCGUGGCGUUCUUCCCAAACAAGCCACCAACGUCAUGCGCUCCUGGCUCUUCCAGCACAUCGGGCACCCCUACCCCACGGAGGAUGAGAAGAAGCAGAUCGCUACCCAAACUAACCUGAGCCUCCUCCAAGUCAAUAACUGGUUCAUAAACGCGCGGAGGCGAAUCCUGCAGCCCAUGCUGGACGCCAGCUCUUCGGAGACACCCAAAACCAAGAAGAAACCUCCUCCGAACAGGCCGCUACAGCGCUUCUGGCCUGACUCCAUCGCCACGGGGAUGACCCAACAACAGGUCCAGAUGCCAGAUGGAACCACGGUGAUGAUGAGUGUGGAGGGUCUCCGGAGCCUGACAUCAGACGGUGCCACGCUGGCCGUGCAGCAGGUGAUGAUGGGCGGGCACAGCGAGGACGAAUCAGGAGACAGCGGGGACGAGGACGAUGAUGACGACAUGGCUGGGCUGGGCCUGGACAACAGCGACUCCCUGCAGUAGGACACAGACGUACUGUUCACACACACACAUGAAGACAUACACACUUAAAAACAAACUUUAAUAUGUGUGUGUGUGUGGUGGUUAAGACCAUCAACUGACCCAUUAUGUAGGUAGGCUGAUAAUGAAUAAGGCGGGCUGAUAAUGAAUAAGGCGGGCUGAUAAUGAAUAAGGCGGGCUGAUAAUGAAUAAGGCGGGCUGAUAAUGAAUAAGGCGGGCUGAUAAUGAAUAAGGCGGGCUGAUAAUGAAUAAGGCGGGCUGAUAAUGAAUAAGGCGGGCUGAUAAUGAAUAAGGCGGGCUGAUAAUGAAUUGCAACACACACUUCGAACCAAAUCAGAGCCAUUUUUUAUGCUCUGCUAAAAAUAGGAUGGCUCAGAUUAUGUAUGUACUGUAGAUAGACUGGUGUUGCAUCGCGAGUACACAAUGCAAGUAUACGCUCUCUCGAUCGGUUUACACAGAGCACAAGCACUGGACAUACGGGAUCACUCCUGAUGUCCCUUUAAUGAAUGGAGUGUCUUGUGUGUGUGUGAGGAGUUCGGUUUCAGAAAGUGUUUUUACUACAUCGUCUCCUUGUGUAGACCAGUGUUUUUCUGUAUAAUAUCAUUGUAUGUUCCAAAAGGCCGAGAAACGGAAGCAGCCACAACAACAAAAAAAUCAUAAAGUGUUAAACACACUCUGAAGCUCCGUUACUAAAUGUUGAAUGAUUUCUUAUUUUUGGAUUGAAUCUGUUGUUGGUUGCCAACACUUUCAAGUUGUAUCUGUAAUGGGUUUUGUUCACUUUGCAUGCCUGUGUUUGACUACAUGUGCCUACUCUGAUUAGGACUGGCUUACAGGCAGAGCCCAUGGUGUACAGGAAGACCCUAUAGGUCCAGAAAAGCCCAUUAGGGAAAUUAAAGUAAAGAGGCUUAUUUUUAUAUUACAAACAUGAGAAGUAUGUUUUUUGUUUGGUGUUCUCAUGUUUUGUUUGGAAUGUUUAUGUACAAAAGUUUUGUUAUUGAAACUAGCGGCCCUGUUUUCCAGGGUCCAAUUAAGUUUUCUAAAUAUUGAUGACAAAUGAGAAGGAAAAAAAUGGAUUAAUGUCAAAUGGUUUUUAACACGAUCCGAAAAGGCCUUAUUUACAGUUAACUGCCAAAAUAAUGGAAACACUUAAGUAAAUGAGGGAUACAAAGUAUAUUUAAACCAGGGGGUUCUACACAGGGUCUGUUUCGGGAGUUUAAUUAACACGUUAACGUCCCAUCUUGCUUAGGGUCAGGUAUUAAAAAUGCCCAGUUGCUGAUUUAUUAUGGCUAGAAGAGGUCUCUGUGACUUUGAAAGAGGGGUCUCAAAGGAGCAUGGUUUAAAGUGUGUGUGUGUGUGUGUUUGUCUCAGUUACCAGAUCUCUACCAAAUUGAACACUUAUGGGAGAUUGUUGAGUGAUGCCUGAAACAGCGUUUUCCACCAUCAAUAGAACACCACAGUGGAGUUCCAGAAUGGUGUUGCAUCCCUCCAGUAGAGUUCCAGAAUGGUGUUGCAUCCCUCCAGUAGAGUUCCAGAAUGGUGUUGCAUCCCUCCAGUAGAGUUCCAGAAUGGUGUUGCAUCCCUCCAGUAGAGUUCCAGAAUGGUGUUGCAUCCCUCCAGUAGAGUUCCAGAAUGGUGUUGCACCCCUCCAGUAGAGUUCCAGAAUGGUGUUGCACCCCUCCAGUAGAGUUCCAGAAUGGUGUUGCAUCCCUCCAGUAGAGUUCCAGAAUGGUGUUGCAUCCCUCCAGUAGAGUUCCAGAAUGGUGUUGCACCCCUCCAGUAGAGUUCCAGAAUGGUGUUGCAUCCCUCCAGUAGAGUUCCAGAAUGGUGUUGCACCCCUCCAGUAGAGUUCCAGACACCUGUAGAAUCGACUUAACGGCACAUUGAAGCUGUUCUGACGGCUCCUUCUGGCCCCUACACCCUAUUAAGUUGGGGUUUCCGUUAUUUUAGCAGUUACCGGUAUGUUCUUUUUGUAAAGACAUAACUAUAGUGAAAAGCACAGAAAGCCUAACUAGGUAUAAGCUACACUCCACUACGUUUUCUUUAUUUGGACAGUGAAGCUAAAACUUUUACUUUGGCACUUCAGUAUACUCCAGCAUUUUGUGAUUUGAGAUCACAUGUUUAUAUGAGGAGACGGUACAGAAAGCCACCUUUUUUUAUGUGAGGGAAUUUUCAUACGUAUCUGUCUUAUAGUUUAGAAAUGAAUGCACUUUCUGUAUCUAGUCUCCUCCAUUUGAAUUACUACUUGGACAAAUGAACUUUAUAGUGUUUUAACAGUUUGUAAAACAAAUUGUGGUAUUUGGUCCCAUAUUCCUUGCACACAAUGACUGCAUUAAUCUUGUGACUCUAGAAACUUGUUGGAUGCAUUUACAGUUUGUUUUGGUUGUGUUUCGGAUUAUAUUGUGCCCAAUAGAAAUGAUUUUAAAAAAAAUGUUUUUUUUUACUUCUGUUUAACUAGACAAGUGAGUUAAGAACAAAAUCUUAUUUUCAAUGACGGCCUAGGAACAGUGGGUUAACUGCCUUGUUCAGGGGUAGAAUGACUGAUUUUUACCUUGUCAGCUCGGGGAUUCGAUUUUGCUAUCUUGUUUAAUAGUCCAACUCUCUAACCACUAGGCUACCUAUAGAAAGUCAUGGUGAAUAGUGUAGUGUCAUUUUGGAGUCACUUUUUAUUGUAAAUCAACACUGCUACGUUAAUGUGGAUGCUACCAUGAUUACGGAUAAUCAUGAAUUAAUCGUGAAUAAUGAUGAGCGAGGAAAGCUAAGGGCAUAAAUGUCAUACCUCACCAAAAAAUGCUAACCUCUUGUUACUGGUAAUGGUAAGAAGUUAGCAUGUGAUCUUUGUGAGUCUGUAGAUGCAUGAAAUGCAUUCAAUUUCUAAACUGUAAAACAGAUAUGUAUGAAAAUAGCCUCAAAUAAAAGGUGACUUUCUGUACUGUCACUGUCAAAUUAAACAUUUUAGUGUCACGGUCCAAAUAAAUACAUAGGGAACGUAGACAACGGAUGCUAAACUACAGUAGAGUGGCAUAGUAAUAUGUUACAUUGACAAUUGCAGUUGGGACUGAAAUUCAGAAAUAUACUUGAUUUGCAGUACCCUCAUUUUCUGCAAAACAAGUCCAGUUUUUCCAGUGUGUCAUUAAAAAAAAAAAUAAUAAUUUUAUAGUAGUCCUGUAGAUGUCACUCUCUUUUCAAGUGCACCAUUCAGUAUACUACGCUUAUUGCAACGGUCACAGGGAACUGAAAUAGACAUUAUGGUACUCAGGCAGACAGAUCCACAACACAGAGAUACAGUACAGAUGCAAUCACAGUCUACAUAUACAUAUACAUAUUGCAUGAGAGGCAGAGAGCAGUAGGGAUCCUCUGACCUCACAGGCAGCAGCACAUUGGUCCUCAGUUUGAGAAGGACUGGAGUUCUGUGGCUGAUCUAGAGAUAGCUUUUCCUUUAAUGUUUUCCAAAUGCGCCAUCUAAUAUUAUUGCAUAAAGUUCGGGGCCUUUUAUUGUUGGGAAAACCUGCACCAAUGUACUGUAUAUUUCCAAUCUUAUGCUUCUAUUUUCUGUAAUUCAGGAAAAACUGACAUGAGAUUUAGAUCCCCACAGAGUGUUUCUGGCUCAGGGUCAGGUGGCUCUCAGCUGCACUCUCUCUCUCUCUCUCUCACAUCUCUGCUGUUUUUUUUGUGUGUGUUUUAAAAAAAAAAUCUGUUGACUUUUCUCUGUUUUGCCUUAGAGCUUUUCUAUUUUGGAAUAAAUUAUGCUUAACCUCC